AUGCCGUCGGCAGCAGUGUGCAUGCGGACUCUGAGAGCCUACUCCCGCUAUGGCUCCAACCAUGCGAGAAUACUCGCCAGAGCCUUUUCGGCCACCUCUCGCCGUCCCGAGAUCAACAAGGUCUACCCGUCCGCCACCGAAGCCCUCAAAGACAUGCGAUCCGACUCGACCCUGCUCUGCGGUGGAUUUGGUCUCUGCGGUGUACCUGAUACCCUCAUAGACGAGGUCAUGAAGAAGCCCGAAAUCACAGGCAUCACAGCCGUCUCAAAUAAUGCUGGAACGGAUACCUCCGGCCUGGGCAAACUGCUCAAGUCCAAGCAAAUCAAGAAGAUGAUUGCUAGCUAUAUCGGCGAGAACAAAACCUUUGAGAAGAUGUACUUGACCGGUGAGAUCGAACUGGAACUCACGCCUCAAGGUACUCUGGCCGAGCGCUGCGCUGCUGGCGGCAGAGGUGUCCCGGCCUUCUACACACCUGCGGCCUUCGGUACUGUGGUGCAGACUGGCGAGCUACCGCUGAAGAACAACAGCGACGGGACGCCCGCUGAGUUCUCGUACCCAAAGGACGUCAAGGUUUUCAAGGGCAAAUCGUACCUCCUGGAACACAGCAUCGAUGGAGACUACGCCUUUGUCAAGGCAUACAAGGCAGACAAGCUGGGAAACUGUCAGUUCCGUCUCGCCGCCAACAAUUUCAACGGCGCAAUGGGACGCAACGCCAAGAUGACCAUCGUGGAAGCCGAGAACAUCGUCGAGCCCGGCGACAUCCCUCCCGAGGCGGUUCACCUGCCGGGCAUCUAUGUGAAGAGAGUCAUCCAGAGCACCAGCGAGAAGAAAAUUGAAAAGUACACCUGGACGAAGGAUGACAACGACGCCGAGGCCAACAAGGCACUGGGCUCGGGUGAGACGGCUGCCAAACGGGAACGAAUUGUUCGCAGGGCAGCUAAAGAGUUCAAGAACGGCAUGUAUGCCAACCUCGGAAUCGGCAUGCCCAUGCUGGCGCCUGGGUUUGUAGGACCCGAAGUUGAAGUUCAACUGCAAUCGGAGAAUGGUAUUCUCGGCCUGGGACCGUACCCGAGGGAAGGAAAGGAAGAUGCCGAUCUCAUCAACGCGGGCAAGGAGACAGUCACGCUGCAACCCGGUGCUGCAGUCUUUGGUAGUGAGGAGAGCUUUGGAAUGAUCCGGAGCGGUCGUAUCAACCUGACCAUCCUGGGCGCCAUGCAGGUCAGCGGCACGGGUGACCUCGCCAACUGGAUGCUGCCCGGCAAGGUGAAGGGAUUCGGAGGUGCCAUGGACCUGGUCAGCAACCCGAGCGCGACCAAGGUCGUUGUCACGAUGGAGCACACGGACAAGAAGGGCAACCCGAAGAUCCUCAAGCAAUGUGCCUUCCCGCUUACCGGUCGAGCUUGCGUCUCGAGAAUCAUUACGGAACUGUGUGUAUUUGAUGUCGACUUUGCCCACGGUUUGACCCUGAUCGAGAUUGCGGAUGGUGUAACGGUAGACGAGGUCAAGAGCAAGACGGAGGCACCAUUCCAUGUUGCUGAAUAUCUCAAGCCCAUGCUGUAG